AUGCUCACGGAGACGAUGGAAUGUCUCAAGCACAGAGUAGAAGGAAAAGACGCAGACUUCAUGCAAGAUAUUGGUUCGAGCGAAGUCGGGUUAAUCUACGAAUUAGCAACGACUGAGCAGCGUAAAGCUCUUAUGAACGAUCUUAUGUGCAACAUAUUUGAGGGAAAACCAGCCCAUCCAUGGAAACACAUUGAUGAAGAGAGUUUGAGAAGGCGAAUUUACCAGGCCUUUCCAGUUUCUGUAAGUGAUGUCGAUGAAUUCAGAGUCCAUAUGCGAAUGGCUUUAGUGUAUCUGAAACACCCAAACUUGACGCUUUACAAAUGUUAUUUACCUUUGGGCAUAAUAUUUGUCAUCGAAGUACCACGGGCGCCGAGUGAGUGAGUGUCAAUGGAUAAAAUGUACACUUUUGGUUUAUGAUUGUCUAAAUUUAAGAAUUUUGUAGCUCUUUUCUACGGAGGUAAAAAUUUAGAAUUGGUUGCUGUAUAAUAUCCUACCUAGGUUAUCAUUUUGUUUACUUCUCUCUUUACUUUUUUUACUUUUACUAUUUUCUAGCAUUUUGUACUAAUCAGGUUAUAUGUUGUUGACAUGUAGUUCUUUAUGGUAUAGUUGUUGCUUGUUAUCUUAUACUAAUGAAUUGCAGUAGUAGAUGUAGUCUAUGUUAUGUUUAUACGAAUAAAAUAGCUGAUCUAGGUUAUCAUUUUGUUCACUUUUCCUCAUCUUAGAUUGUGUCUUUGCUCAGAUAUCAUAUAAUAAUAGAUAGUUUAUAGAGUUGAUAGUUUUUUCGUUUUUAUAGCAAUCCUAGCAUUUGCUCCGAUCGGGUUACAUGUUGUUGACAUAGUUGUUGAUACUAUAGUUGUUGCUUCUGUUACUAAUAAAUUGCGGUAGUAUCUA